CAAGUAAAAAAUAUUUUCUUUUCCCUCUCUCUCUUUCCAUUUUUCAAAUAGAAGGCUCUAUAUUUCGACGACGCCGCUUUCUACUUUCUAGUAACACGCCUCCGUUCCCAACACCGAAGCCCAAUGCAUGGUUCGGCUUUCAAUCCCAACCGCCAUUCCCGUCUUCCCGCGCAAUUUUCCUAACUGUGAUUCGAAUUUCUUCUCCAAAAAGCAUCAAUGCCUCGUUCUCCUCAAGCUCUGCUCCUCCACAAAGCACCUCUCUCAAGUCCACGCUCAAAUGCAAGUGACUGGCCUCCAUAGAGACUCCUUUCUCGCAAGCGAACUUGUCCGAAUCUGUGCUUUAUCUCCCACAGGGAGCUUGAGCUAUGCGCGGUCGCUUCUCUAUCACUCGGACGACUCGUCGCCUUUGCCGUGGAACAUUCUCAUCAGGGGAUACGCUUCGAGCGAUUCUCCGGGAGAAGCAAUACGGGUAUUCCAUGGAAUGCGAAGGCGAGGAAUUAGGCCCAAUAAACUUACCUUUCCGUUCCUUCUCAAGGCGUGCGCCCUUGUAUCGGCUCUUAAAGUGGGAAGACAGGUGCAUGCGGAUGUUGUGAAGUGCGGUUUGAACUCUGAUGUGUAUGUUCAGAACACUUUGAUAAAUGCGUAUGGGUCUUGUAAGAGAAUAUUCUAUGCGCGUCGAGUGUUCGACGAAAUGCACGUGAGGACUGUUGUUUCUUGGAAUUCGGUAAUAACUGCUUAUGUUGAGAACUCACGAUUGGAUGAUGGGAUCCAGUAUUUUGCAAGGAUGAGAGAUAGUGGGUUCGAGCCCGAUGAGACCAUAGUGGUGGUAAUGCUUUCUGCAUGUGCUGAACUUGGAAACCUGAGCUUAGGGCGAUGGUUUCAUUCCCUGGCGAUUGUCAGAGGGAUGGUUUUGAAUUGCCAUCUGGGUACUUCCCUUGUUGACAUGUAUGCAAAGUCUGGAGAUGUAGAGCAUGCGAGGUUGGUGUUUGAUAGGAUGGACAAGAGAAAUGUUUGGACGUGGAGUGCAAUGAUUCUAGGGCUAGCCCAACAUGGAUUUGCCAUGGACGCCCUUGAUUUAUUCCUGAAAAUGAAGAAGAAAUCAUCGAUACCUCCAAAUUACGUAACCUUUCUUGGGGUCCUCUGCGCUUGUAGCCACGCAAAACUAGUGGAUGAUGGGUACCGGUACUUUCACGAGAUGGAGCAUGUGCAUGGGAUUAAACCCCGUAUGAUACACUAUGGUGCUAUGGUGGAUAUCCUUGGCCGUGCAGGCCAUAUCGAGGAGGCUUAUUCUUUUAUAAUGAACAUGCCUAUUGUGCCUGACCCUAUUAUAUGGAGGACGUUGCUUGGUGCGUGCAGUAUCCAUGAUGUUAAUGACAACGGUAGGGUGGGGGAUAAGGUAAGAAAGAAAUUGCUUGAAUUGGAGCCAAGGAGGGGUGGGAAUUUUGUGAUGGUUGCAAAUAUGUAUUCUGAAGUUGGGAUGUGGGAGAAAGCGGCAAAUGUGAGGAGGAUUAUGAAAGCUGGAGGUUUGAAGAAAAUGGCCGGGGAGAGUUGUGUGAGUUUAGGUGGGUCAAUCCACAGGUUCUUUUCUGGCUAUGAUUCUCGACCUGAUUGUGAGGGUCUUUACCAGUUACUUGAUGCAAUGAGCUUGCACAUGAAGAUGGUUUACUUGUAGAUGGAAUUGCCUUUCAUGAUGCUUUUUAAAUUGCAGAACAUGAGAAAUGGAACUGCACAACUCUGACUUUUCAUGAAA